AUGGCUUCGAAUGAGCCUGGCCUUGCGCCUCUGAGUGCGCCUGCUUUUGACCCUACUAAAGGUGCUGUCGAUGUGCCCGUUGAUGAUACACCUGUCGCACCCGAUCAAUUCGAUGAGCGAUUCGAGACGUCGAGGUGGGAGCUUUGGGCGUAUUACUGCUACUAUGUCGGCGACAACGGCCUCACGCUUUUCAAUUUCGGACCCACAGCUUUCCAAAACCUCAUGUACUUGGCCGCAGGCGAUUCCGAGAUCCUUCAUUUCAUGGGCCGAGACCGAACAAUCAAUUCCAUUGUUCUUCUCUGCAACGGCAUCAGCUUUGCCAUUCAAAUCGUCGUCUUCCUCAUCCUAGGUUCUUUCGCGGAUUUCGGGACAUGGCGACCAAAUAUCUUGAUAGUGCUGUCAAUGAUCGCCUACGGAAUCGGGUUUGGCUGGUUGGGCGUGCAUACCCCAGAUAACUGGCACGCGGGUGUUGGACUGUACAUCGUCGGGCUCAUCGCAUACCAAACCACCAUCACCUUCUGGACCGCCGCUUUCCCCGGCCUAGCGCGCAACACGCGAGAACUACGACUCAAAGCCGAAGAAUUCGCCCAGGGAACCAUUACACGCGAAGAGUACGAUUUCGCAGACAUGAUGAAGCGAAACGAGAUUUCCAACACGGCCUUCUACGUGCAAUCCGUGUUUGAGAUACUCAUCCUAGCCGUCAUCGUAGGCAUCAUGUUUGCGCUCAAAGUAAACGACAGCGCCGCGAACAACGAAUGGGGUCUUUCGGUACUCAUCGCCUUCGCAACAGGCGUGUGGAUCCUGUGUGCGCUUCCCUGGUUUAUCCUAGAGAAGCGACGCCCUGGUCAAGACCCCGGAAGGACAAACAUCGUCAUGGCCGGCAUCAAACAACUCGGCUACGCCAUAACGCAAAUCUGGCAAUUGCGACAGAGUCUCGCCUACCUGGUUGGCUACUUCCUCCUCGGCGACAGCCUCAACACCACCGUGACCGUCAUCGGGACCCUGCAAAACGAAAUCGUCGCUUACAACAGCCUGCAACUAACCUACCUCCUCAUCGUCGGCAUCGCCGCUCAAGCCGUCGGGAUAGCAGCUUUCUGGCGCAUACAGAAACACUACGGUCUCUCCACGAAAACAAUGUUCAUGGUCGUCGCCGUGUGCAUCGUGCUGCUAGACGGCUGGGGCAUGAUCGGCAUCUUCACGCAGAAAUUCGGCUUCCACAACAAGUGGGAGGUAUGGGUGUACCAAGUCUUCUACGGACUCGUCGUGUGUCCGUGGUACAGUUACUCGCAAACCAUGAUUUCAGAAGUAACGCCCCGCGGCAAAGAGUUUCUCUUCUUCGCACUGUUUAGUAUUGUGGGUAAGACGAGUGCGUUUAUUGGGCCGAUUGUGAGUUCGGCCAUCAUCGACGAUACGGGGAAUAAUAGUAGUCCGUUUUAUUUCUUGUUUGCGCUGAGUGCCGCGAGCUGUGCGUUCCUGUACUUUUUUGUUGAUGUCGGGAGGAGUCGGGUUGAGCAGGAGGAGUUUUUGGACAAGGAGAGGAAGAUCAAGGCUGUGGAGGUGGAUGAUGAGGGGACGCAUAGGCUUACGUGAGGAGGAUGCUUCUUGGAGUGAUGGUAGCAUUGAAUUCUUAGAUGGCAGCGAUGACUGUAGAUGUUGAUUGACUUUGACAAAUGUCUGAUUCACCACCG